AUGGGGCAGGGCAAGGCAGAAUUUAAACAGGGCAAGCAAGAACUCAGAGUUGUUUCAAAUUCUGAGUACUGUGACAACAAGGCCCGAACCAAGAAUUUGUCCUGGAAUGUUACAGGAGAUUGUUGUGAAUGGGAUGGUGUUACUUGUGAUGGAUUUACGGGUCAUGUCAUAGGCCUUGAUCUUUCUUCAAGCUGUCUUUGGGGAACCAUCCAUGCUAACAGCAGCCUAAAAAAACUUGGUCAUCUCCAAAGACUCAAUCUUGCCUUCAACAAGUUGGGUGAGUUUCCACUUGGAAAUAACAUUAGUGAACUCAGUAGUUUGACGCAUCUCAAUCUUUCGCAUUCUGGAACUUUGAUGCACAUCCCACAAGUAUUAUCAAACUUGUCUAAAUUGGUUUCACUUGACCUCUCCUGGCAGUUCGAUAUAUUCCAAUUUGGUCAAACAACCUUCACAAGUUUGCUUCAAGACUUAACCAAUUUGGAGGUACUGUUGCUUGACAACGCGUACGCGCCAUUUGAGUUACCUAAGAACCUUUCUUCUUCCCUUAGGUACUUAAAUCUUCAAGGCACAGGCAUUUUUGGGAACCUAAGUGAGUCUCAGAUUUUUCAUCUACCAAACUUGCAAGUGCUGAUAUUGAGAGAGAAUCCGUUAACAGGCACUUUGCCGAAUUUCAAUUGGAGUUUCAGUGGAAGUAUUUUAGAGUUGGAUUUCUCCAACACUGAUAUAUUUGGGAAGGUACCUGAUUCAAUUGGUAAUCUCCAUUCUCUUUUACAUUUGAACAUCUGGUAUUGCAAUUUAUCCGGCUCAAUUCCGGAAUCCAUUGGCAACCUCACUGCAAUCAGAGAGUUGAGACUUACACGUAACAGCUUCACUGGUAAUGUUCUCUCAACUAUCUCAAAAUUAAACAAACUUGUUCAUUUAGAUCUCUCUGACAACCAUUUUCGAGGCUCGAUUCCAGAAUCCUUUGGCAACCUCACUGCAAUCAGAGAGUUGGACCUUUCAGUUAACAGCUUCACCGGAAAUAUUCCCUCACCUAUCCAAAAGCUCAACAAACUUAGCUACUUAUUUCUCUCUUCCAAUAAUUUUGAAGGCUCGAUUCCAGACAUCUUUGGCAACUUUUCAGAGCUAGAUGCUUUAGAUUUUCAAAGUAACAAUUUCACUGGCCCAUUCCCAGAUUCAAUUGCAACGUUGACACGCCUUGAAUUAUUAUACUUGCAAAACAAUUCACUAACUGGACCACUUCCCUCUAAUAUAAGCGGAUUUCAAGAGCUACAAAUACUUGAUUUGUCCUUCAAUUACUUCACUGGCGCAACACCCCCUUGGUUAUUCCAUCUUCCAUCCUUGUUUUCUUUAUAUGUUCAACACAAUCAAUUAACCGGGAAAUUGCCAAAUGAGCUCAAGAGUAAUUAUGUAGAAUACUCUAACAUUGAUCUUUCAUACAACAAGCUGCAAGGUGAAAUCCCCGAUUGGAUGUUUUCUACAAGCAUAGGUAGACUGGAUCUUUCUCAUAACUUCCUCACAGGCUUUGAAAAACAAGUAUGGCACUCAGGGUCCUUACAAUACCUUAAUUUGGAGAACAAUUUUCUUCAAGGGACUUUGCAUCAAUCCUUUUGUGACAUGAUUAACCUUGUAUUCCUCAUUUUGGCUCAGAACAAUUUCAGUGGUUCAAUCCCAGACUGUUUGGGUAACUCCAACAGCUUCAUUUCUAUUUUAGACUUGCGAAUGAACAGUUUUCAUGGAGAGAUACCAAGAUUCUUACCUACAGGGUUACAGUAUCUUGGUUUAUAUGGCAAUCAAUUUAGGGGACAAGUCCCGCGAUCCUUGGUUAACUGUACAAGCUUGGAAGCUCUUGAUUUGGGGGACAACAAGAUAAAUGACACGCUCCCCAUAUGGCUGGAGAAACUUCCAAACCUACAAGUUCUGAUUCUGAAAUCAAAUCUCUUUCACGGUACAAUUGAUGAUUUGGAGUCAGAAUUUCCAUUUCCUGAGUUACGAAUCUUUGACCUUUCCUUCAAUGGGUUCACAGGAACUUUGUCAUCUAAUCUUUUCAAAAAUUUUAGAGGUAUGAUGGAUGUGGAUGAAGAAAAUACAGGAAUUACUCGAGCUAGUAAUAGGACUCACAGAGAUUACCUGUACCACGUUAGUUUGGUGAUAAAAGGUAAUGAGUAUGAUAUGAGAAUCACGUCAAUUAUGACGAGUGUUGAUUUAUCAAGAAACAGGUUUGAAGGAGAUAUUCCAAAUUCCAUUGGAAAUCUGAGCUCACUUGUGUUACUCAACCUGUCUCACAACAGCUUUCAUGGUCAUAUUCCUGCAGAAUUUACAAAGUUGCAGCAGCUCGAAGCAUUAGCUCUGUCAUGGAACAGACUCAUUGGAGAAAUUCCUGGUCUAUUAUCGAGUUUGACAUUUCUUGAGGUUUUAAACCUUUCAUACAAUCAUCUGGCUGGGCGCAUUCCUAUUGGGAAACAGUUCAAUACAUUUCCAAAUGAUUCAUAUUGUGGAAAUGCUGAUUUAUGUGGAUUUCCACUGUCAAAGAAAUGUGGAAACAAUAAUGAGUCACCACUUGAACACGAUGAUGAUGAUGAUGAUGAUUCAUUUUUUAUGAGCGGGUUCACAUGGGAAGCAGUGGUAAUAGGUUAUGGUUGUGGUAUGAUAUUUGGAUUGUUGAUAGGAGGCCUCAUGUUUCUAUUGGAAAAACCAAAAUGGUAUGUGAACUUUGCUGAAGAUAUUGCUCAACAAAUUGCUGCUAAGAAGCGAACAAGGCAAAAGAAGAGACGUCAAAGACGUGGUCUUAGAAUGAAUUAGCAAUAUACCAGAGGUUACUGGAGAGUUGCACAAAUUAAUUAGCAAGUUAGUGUUGAUGUUCUGGCAAAUAUCAAUGGAUGCAUCUGUUUCUUCACUUUUUGCCCAUGGUUACCAAAUACAUAAUAAGUUACAGUUGAUUUCUAUAGUUUUGUGGCAAAUAAUAAAUUAGCUAUAGACAUAGCAACCUCUACCCUCUGUUUGGAUGGUUGUCUCAUAAUGUAUCGUAUUAUAUUGUAUUGU